AGAGUUAAAGUACUAAAAAGAAAAAAGGGGCUCGUCAAACUUUGCCUGACUUUGGAGGAGGACGCGGAAAGGAAUAGUUCAAGACAAGAAAUUUGGGAUUUUACUUUAUUUCUGGGUGAAACAGUCUUCCGAAAGAACAGUGCGCAAUUACGCACCUGGAGAGUACUUAGGGAACUGGACCAUCUUGCAACUUUUUACCAAGAAUGACAGAAGAGAACAAGUCCGUGACAGAGCAUCCGCGCAGUCCAGCAGGCAGCGACAGCUCCAUGUCCCAGCAUGGAUCGGAUUCAGAGUCACCGACCUCUCCAGCAGGGUCCGACGCACAGGAGGCAGCGCGUCCGCCCGGGAUUACGCACAAACCGGAGGGCAGCGCGGAGGCUGAGCGCUUCCCCGCCUGCAUCCGCGACGCGGUGUCGCAAGUGCUGAAAGGUUACGACUGGUCGCUGGUGCCGAUGCCCACUCAAGGAGAGAGAGGACUGAAGAGCAAACCCCACGUGAAACGGCCGAUGAACGCGUUCAUGGUUUGGGCGCAGGCAGCGCGGAGAAAGUUGGCGGACCAGUAUCCUCAUCUGCACAACGCUGAGCUCAGCAAGACGCUGGGCAAACUGUGGCGACUCCUCUCUGAAACAGAGAAGCGUCCCUUUGUCGAGGAGGCCGAGAGGCUGAGGAUGCAGCACAAGAAAGACUAUCCAGACUACAAGUACCAGCCUCGGAGACGCAAGAGUACCAAACCUGGACAGGGGGACUGUAGACCUGGACUGGUCCAGCAGCAGCAUCAGCAGGGCUUGUAUAAAACAGAACCAGGGGUGGCCAGGCUGGCUGGCACAGGGGAAGUGCACCAUCAUUACCAUCUAGACCGAACAGGUCAGUCUCAUGGGCCUCCAACACCUCCAACUACUCCAAAAACCGACCUCCACAUGGGGAACAAACAUGAGGGCCAGCGGCCUGUAGACAGCAGCACUGGCUCUGUUCCUCCCACCAGCCGUCAGAACAUUGACUUCAGUAACGUGGACAUCUCAGAGCUCAGCACUGACGUCAUCAGCACCAUCGAUGGAUUCGACGUCCACGAGUUCGACCAGUACCUCCCUCCCAACAGCCACGGCUCCACUCUCCUAACCCCGCCAGAUACCAGCCACGGACACAACAACACCUCUGGAUCCUUCAUCCUGCCCAGCAUCCACUCUCACUCCCAUAGUGUCCCCACGUGGACACCCAAAAGUGGGACUUUCAGUGGAGUGCCACUGUCUUGCUCCAGUCGCGAUGGGCUCCACGAGGACACCAGCCCAAAACCUCAGAUUAAAACUGAGCAGAUGAGUCCAGGUCACUCCUCCUCAACUCCACCACCACCACAACCUGAGUACACCUCCCUCGGUUCGGGUAUCUGCCCUUCCUCCACUUCCUCCUCAUCCUCCACCAACCAAUCUGAAUACACUGACCUCCAAAGCUCCAGUUUCUACAGCGCCUUCUCCGGCUAUCCUGCCAGUCUGUAUCAGUACCCAUACUUUCACUCCUCUCGCAGGCCUUAUGCCACACCUCUUAUCAACAGCCUGGCCUUGGCACCACCUCCACACAGUCCGCCCUCUGGCUGGGAGCAACCAAUCUAUACAACACUCACCAGGCCUUGAAGAGGAGGAGAUGCUCCAGAAGUUUGCACUCAGAUUGGGACAGAACAGCAGCCUGCCUUAAUGACUUAUAAGAUAAACUUUGGAGAUUUGUUGACUUACAAGUUCAUUCUUAAGCUUUUCACCAGAUUUCUGAAGGACAGUGCUGCUAUCUGUUGGCUAAAGCUUUAUAUUGUGUGUCAAUAUAUUGUUACAUUUUUUUCAUUUCCAUGGAAAGAAAUUCGUAAUAUUAACAAAGAUUCAGUGUUUUUAAUUUCUCCUGAGUGAAAGGGCCUGAGGCAUGACAUUUAAACCUGCACUGGACACUGAAACGUUCCAUUAAAACUCCACACUAAUGACAUUUUGGUAUGUGAGUUGCACAUAUUUAGAAAAGGGAGUGUCAGGUUUAAAGCAGUUUUUCCACUUAAAAGGUGAAAUAGUUUCUUUUCCCUCACCUUCACAUCCAAAGUCAGCUGUGUUGCAUUUUGAUUGAAUUUAAAGGAAUUCAUUUUUUUCACUUUUAUAGGGCAGAAUUAUGUGAAAUAAUGAAGCGUUAUGCUUUGAAUCAUAGGGACCAAGAGACUGUGCAUCUGUCUUCUUCUUAUCAGUGCAGGGUAUCAGUGUAGACCCAUUUAACAAGAAAUAAGAAUGAAAAUACAAGCUGGAUUCAGCCACAACUAAAUGUAGCAAACAAGGUUGUGUUACAUAAGUGCACUUUUAAUACCACAAGGUUUAACUCAGUCCAAUUCUAAGGGCUCUUUUGGCAUGGGAAACAUACAUUCACAUUGCCAAAGCAAUAAAAACAAAAAAUGUAUGUACAAAAAGUAAAUAUCUGCUAGACAUUUAUUUAUAUACACGUUGCUGCUGAUUGGGUAACACAGAAAACAAAACUCAGAGCCUGUUGCACACUGUUUCACCCUGUUCAAAGACACAUGGUCCUACCCAAAAACUUGAAAAAGAUGCACACCUACUUAACUUGGUGAGACAAAAAUGUUUCCUUACAGCCUGAUUACAUAGGCUAAAUAUGUCUGUUAAAGCUAUAGUUUAGUUUUUGCUAAGAGUUAGAUGAGAAGGUUGACAUUAAUCUCAUGUUUGUCAACUAAAGCUAAAGUUAGCAGGCUGUUAGCUUAGCUUAGCAUAAAGAGUAGUGCUGUGUCUCAAAUCACACACUUCUGUUAGUACACUACACUUCUAUGUAGUAUACUAUGUGCACUACUUAAUGGCGUAGUGCACAAAUUUCGACAGGGUAGUCUCAAACCAAACACGGCCAUUGUGCACUCACCGGAACUGAUGACUGCAAAUUAGCUAGUUAGCAAACAAGCAUUAGCAUUUGCAUUAUCGUUCACGAUGCCAAAUCAUUACAGACUGCUAAAUUAACCCAAUAAACAUACUGCUGGCUUAUACCCGACAACAGUACAGUGGUGCUUAGUGCAAAAAACACGUGAAUUUGUACAAUGCAGCAACAUUCACAGUCGCACAGUCCUUGGCCGCCAUUUCCAGUUUGAAAAGUGGUCCCUCCCCUUCCGCUUAGUAGCCAAGAUGGCGACCAUUGAGGGCGAGAAGUGUCCAUAGUUCCACACUCAAGUUCUUGACCAUUUUGAGUGCAUCAACCGGGUACUCAUAAUGCAGUUAACGCACAUAUGCAUUCAAAAUAUUAAGUGUACAGAAGUAUGCAAUUUGAGACACAGCAUAGAAGCACUGGGACAUAGCUAGUCUAGCUCUGUCCAAAGUAAACAUAUCCCACCUACCAGCUAAUUAAACUUCAUGAUAAGUCUUAGACCUGCAAUUCCUAAUUUUACAGGCCACUUUUGUGCAGCAGAAACAAUUUGUGAGCACAACAUCGACAUAUCGUCACUGUUUAGGUUGAAAAGGUGAACUCGCGAGCACACAUUUUGCUUGUUAGACAUCCAGUAUAUAUGGGGCUAUGUGGUCAGCGGAGUUUAAGAGUACUUUUUCUAAAAACAGAUGACUGCUGCAGCUGAAACUAGGCUGUGAGAGCAGGACAGGCCUGAGAUCUAAACAAUGAGCUGAAACCAUAAAGCUCAGUGAGGCCGAGGGGAGCUGCAGAUUGAGGUUAUAACUCUCUGUUGGUUCAUCAGUACGAAUGACCUCUUUCACAUUGUGUUCACAUUCAUUUGGUACAUUGCUAUUUAUAAAGUGGUGAUUCUUAAACUAUCAUGAUGUCAAAACAAAACCACAUUUCUUUCUUUUUAUUUUUGUCACACUUACUUGACACUAAAAGGAGCACACAAAAAUGAAAUGAUAGAUCAGUCAUUAUUUUUAUGACAUAAUAAGUGGCCUUUUAUGUGUGGUUUUUAAUAAAUUUCCUCCGUUUAGCCAUUCAACCUUGCUUAAUUUUGAAUUUCAUAUUGAUCUAUUGUUAAUUUCAAAUACAAAUGACACAUAAAUACCAAUUUGUGUAGUGUACUUAGUGACCACAGAAAUGUUAAUGUGACGGAAGAGCACAAGAGUGCAGGACUGUUAGCUCCAUCAAGGUAAUCAAGAUAGAGAAAUCAAGGUAUUUUUUUGUUAAAUCAAUAAUAUGGUUAUUGGCUAUCAUUUCUGAACUGGUGCAGUCGUUAGCAUUGUCGCCACACAGCAAGAGGGUUGGGGUAGGGGAGCCCUUCUGUGUGGAGUUCAUAUGUUCUCCACAUGUCAGCGUGGGUCUUCUCCGGGCGCUCCGGCUUCCUCCCACAAUCCAAAGGCAUACAGGUUAAUUGAUAACUCUAAAUUGUCCGUAGGUGUGAAUGUGAGUGUGAAUGGUUGUCUGUCUCGAUGUGUCAGCCCUGUGAUAGUCUGGUGACCUGUCCAGGGUGUACCCCGCCUCUUGCCCAGUGACAGCUGGGAUAGGCUCCAGCCCCCCCAUAACAGGAUAAGUGGUUACAGAAAAUGAAUGAAUGAAUGAAUUUCACAACAGCUCAUAUUUCUUUUGAAUGUACAUAUAAUGAGAAAAUCAACAUUUUAUAAUUAUCACAGAAAUUACAGAAAAUACUGUGUCAGUGCAUUUCUCUAAAUAUGUGUUAGAUUUGCUAAAAAGGUUUUUCAGACCAAAAUGGCACAUAGUUGAAAAAUGACCCAAAAUUUUAAUUACAGCCACUUUCACCUCACUAAUAAUGAGGUUAUAUCUUGUUUGUUUAAUCUGUAUAAAACUGUGCCAGUGUUUUUUCCUGGCCAGAUGUGGCAACUUCCUGGAGUCUUGUUCUAACUUUAACCUGAACUUAAAUCCAAGUCCUCUUUGAGGGUUACAGGGAACUCGUGUGCAACCUGUUGAGCACUUUAUCAUGUUCUAGAUAUUAUGUAAUUUAGUGUUCAUCAUGUAUCACUUCUGUAGACAACAUGUUACAGAUUUAGCAGUUCCAGUUUCCUGUUUCUCACACAUUUAGGUGACAUCCGGUCCAACAAGGUGCCUCUGUAGCAUAAUCAGGAAACUGUAGAUCACAACAUUACAGUCAUUACAGGGUCAGAGUCACAACACUUAACAGAAACACAUCUGAUAUUGUUGCU